AUGGUCCGACCGUCGUUUAAGAAUGUCUCCACUGGUAUCGCCCCGGUGCAAUCCCUGCCGCCAACCGACCGAAAGCUCUUCUUGCGAAGCACCAGUCAAGAGUCUUUCGCCGGCCAGCGGCAUCCUGCCCCGCGGAGCUGCUUGAAAUACAGUAGUCAGGGCCUGGGUCAGAUCCUUUACGUUGGCCAGAAGCGUACAAUACAUGCUGGAGUCCCACAAAAAGUCGCCGAGCUGGCUCAGCGAAGUAUGUGCGAGUACACCUCCAACUUCCGCGAGGCUCCUCUUCUUGGCGCCAGCGUUAACCGCCAGUUGGCCGAGUCCUUCCGUGACGCAAAUAGGUCCUCGCAGAAGCCGGCACCCAUUCCGAGCGUCAAGAGCUCAUAUGCCGAGGCCCAUUCUGUCGCGGAAGCCUGCGGCUGA